AUGGAUCAGAAACCAAAGAAUGACUCAGAGAGGAGAGAGCUGAGCAAGAUACCUUAUGCAAACAUCAUAGGAAGCAUAAUGUACACAAUGCUAUGCACAAGACCAGAUUUGGCUCAGGCUAUAAGUGUUACUAGCCGAUUUAUGUCAGACCAUGGGAGAGAGCAUUGGAUAGCAUUGAAGUGGUUGCUCAGAUACUUGAAGGGUGCUUCAGAUUAUGGUCUGUUGUACAAGGCAGAUUGUAAGGAUCAAGGUGGAGCACUGGUGGGGUUUUGCGAUUCUGAUUAUGCAUCAAAUAGAGAUAAUAGGAGAUCUCAAACUGGAUAUGUGUUCACCCUAAAUGGCACUGCUAUAAGCUGGAAAUCUGGAUUACAACAUGUGGUUGCUUUAUCUACUACGGAAGCUGAGUACAUGGCAAUGACAGAGGCUGUGAAAGAAGCAAUAUGGCUGAAGGGAAUCCUAGAAGAUUUUGGGGAGAAGCAAGACACAGUGGAGAUAAACUGUGACAGCAGCAGCGCCUUAUGCCUUGCCAAACACCAGGUGUUUCACGAAAGAAGUAAGCACAUAGAUGUGCGGAUGCACUUCAUAAGGGAUGAAAUACAGAGAGGUGAAGUCAAGAUGGUGAAAAUAUCUACUGAGCAUAAUGCGGCUGAUAUGUUGACAAAGCCGUUGCCAGCCAUGAAGUUUAAAUACUGCUUGGGGCUGGUGGGACUUGUGGAGUGA